AUGAGCCACAAGUACAUCUUCAAGUACAUUAUUAUCGGUGACAUGGGGGUUGGGAAGAGUUGCCUCAUGCAGCGCUUCACGGAGCAGCGCUUCCGCAACGACCUCCCGCACACCAUCGGCGUGGAGUUUGGCACGAUUACGGUAGACAUCAAUGGCGAGACUGUGAAGUUGCAGAUUUGGGACACAGCCGGACAGGAGCGGUUUCGCUCCGUCACUCGCGGGUAUUACCGCGGGGCGGCUGGGGCGCUACUUGUGUAUGAUGUUUCACGGCGAGAGACAUUCUCUCGCAUAGGGACGUGGCUGCAAGACGCGCGGGGAAACACGAACCCGCACACAGUAAUGAUGCUCGUGGGCAACAAGUCGGACCUUGACGAGAGUCGCGAGGUAUCAUACGAGGAGGCGGUAAAGUUUGCGGAUGAAAACAAUCUGCUCUUUGUGGAGUGCAGUGCGCUGAAUGGCGAUAAUGUGGAGCAGGCAUUUCUCUCGACUGCACACAAGAUACACGAGAAGGUGAUGUGUGGCAUCCUGAAUCCUGGCGACCCCGAAAGUGGUGUGCAGCUGCAUAAUGCGACGCUCCCGAAUGCGGGCGAUUCAACGAAGAGGGAGAGAAAAGGGGACAAUACAUGCCAUUGCUAG